AUGUGUGACGACGACGUUGCGGCUCUCGUAAUCGACAAUGGUUCGGGCAUGUGUAAAGCGGGCUUCGCUGGAGAUGACGCCCCGCGUGCGGUGUUCCCAUCGAUCGUUGGUCGUCCGCGACAUCAAGGUGUCAUGGUCGGAAUGGGCCAAAAGGAUUCGUACGUAGGUGAUGAGGCACAGUCGAAACGUGGUAUCCUCACGCUGAAGUAUCCGAUUGAGCAUGGCAUUGUUACCAACUGGGAUGAUAUGGAAAAGAUUUGGCAUCACACGUUUUACAACGAACUGCGAGUAGCACCUGAGGAGCAUCCCGUUCUGCUCACCGAAGCACCGCUGAAUCCGAAGGCGAACCGAGAGAAGAUGACGCAGAUUAUGUUCGAAACCUUCAACACCCCGGCUAUGUAUGUUGCAAUCCAGGCAGUGCUGUCGUUGUAUGCCUCCGGUCGCACCACAGGAAUCGUCCUCGAUACCGGCGAUGGUGUCACACAUACCGUCCCAAUUUAUGAAGGCUAUGCUCUGCCUCACGCGAUAUUGCGUCUCGAUUUGGCUGGUCGCGAUCUUACGGAUUACCUCAUGAAGAUCCUCACGGAGCGAGGAUAUUCGUUCACAACCACUGCCGAACGUGAGAUUGUCCGUGAUAUCAAGGAAAAGCUGUGUUAUGUGGCACUGGACUUUGAACAGGAGAUGGCGACUGCUGCCUCAUCGUCGUCGUUGGAGAAGAGCUAUGAACUGCCCGAUGGACAGUCAACGGGUAUUCAUGAGACCACUUACAACAGUAUCAUGAAGUGCGACGUGGAUAUCCGAAAAGAUCUCUAUGCGAACACCGUUCUCUCUGGAGGUACCUCCAUGUUCCCCGGAAUAGCCGAUCGUAUGCAGAAGGAAAUCACUGCACUUGCACCGAGCUUCUCGACAUUUUAUUGGUUUCAUCCCUUGGUGAUUCGUGGUUCUGGUGGUGAUGUGGGCGUACGCAAGUCGGUGAUGUGGCAAAGCACGAUGAAGAUCAAAAUCAUUGCGCCGCCGGAGCGUAAAUACUCGGUGUGGAUCGGCGGUUCCAUUCUGGCGUCGCUGUCCACGUUCCAGCAAAUGUGGAUUUCGAAGCAGGAAUAUGAUGAGUCGGGACCAUCUAUUGUCCACCGCAAAUGCUUCUAG